AUGGACAUGAACUCAUGGAACUGGAGAAAUAUCAGUAGUUAUGAACUGCAUUUAUUGAUAAUGGCCACUGUUUCAACUGCAGUUGUGGAGCCUUAUAACAGCGUUCUCUCUACUCAUUCCCUACUUGAACACACAGAUGUUGCUGUGCUAUUGGACAAUGAAGCCAUUUAUGAUAUCUGUCGGAGAUCCCUCGAUAUUGAAAGGCCUACUUACACCAAUUUGAACCGAUUGAUUUCACAAAUCAUAUCAUCCUUGACUACUUCUUUAAGGUUUGAUGGAGCUAUUAAUGUGGAUGUUACUGAGUUCCAGACUAACCUUGUACCAUAUCCUCGUAUCCAUUUUAUGCUUUCCUCAUAUGCCCCUGUUAUCUCUGCUGAGAAAGCAUACCAUGAGCAGCUCUCAGUUCCUGAGAUCACAAAUGCAGUGUUUGAGCCAGCAAGCAUGAUGGCAAAAUGCGAUCCAAGGCACGGGAAAUAUAUGGCAUGCUGCUUGAUGUACCGUGGAGAUGUUGUUCCUAAGGAUGUCAAUGCUGCUGUUGCCACCAUCAAGACAAAACGGACGGUUCAGUUUGUUGACUGGUGCCCAACUGGUUUCAAAUGCGGUAUCAACUAUCAGCCUCCAACAGUGGUUCCUGGGGGUGAUCUUGCUAAGGUGCAGAGAGCUGUGUGCAUGAUCAGCAACAACACAGCUGUGGCUGAGGUUUUCUCACGCAUAGACCACAAAUUCGAUCUCAUGUAUGCCAAGAGGGCAUUUGUUCACUGGUAUGUUGGGGAAGGCAUGGAGGAAGGAGAAUUCUCUGAAGCCCGUGAAGAUCUAGCUGCUCUUGAGAAAGAUUACGAGGAAGUUGGUGCAGAAGGUGUGGAUGAUGAAGAAGAUGGCGAAGACUACUGA